AUGGGGCCCCUCUCAGUGCCUGCCUGCACACUGCACAUCACCUGGAAGGAGCUCCUGCUCACAGCGUCAUUUUUAAUCUUCUGGAACCCGCCCACCACUGCCCAAGUCAUGAUUGAAGCUCAGCCAACCAAAGUUUCCGAGGGGAAGGAUGUUCUUCUACUUGUCCGCAAUUUGCCCCAGAAAGUUGCUGCCUAUGUCUGGUACAAAGGGCAAAUAAUGGACUUCCACCAAUUCAUUACAGCAUAUACAAUAGACCCUGAAAGAAUUAUAUUUGGGUAUGCAUACAGUGGACGAGAAACACUAUAUUCCAAUGGAUCCCUGCUGAUCCGGAAUGUUACUAAGCAGGACACAGGGUCCUACACCGUAAAAAUCAUGAAUCGAAUGGAGGAGACUAAAGGAGUAACUGUACAUUUCACCUUAUACCUGGAGACUCCCAAGCCCUACAUCUCCAGCAGCAACUUAAACCCCAGGGAGGGCACGGAGACUGUGAUCUUAUCCUGUGAUCCUGACACUCAGGAUGUAAGCUACCUGUGGUGGAUAAAUGGUCAGAGCCUCCCUAUCAGUCGCCCGUGGCAGCUGUCCGAAAACAACAGGAUCCUCAUUCUAUAUGGUGUCACAAAGGAUAUUGCAGGACCCUAUGAAUGUGAAAUGAAGAACCCAGUGAGUUCCAGCCGCAGUGACCCAGUCACCCUGAAUCUCAUCUCGGAGAUGCCCAAGCCCUACAUCACCAGCAACAACUUCAACCUCAUGGAAAAUAAGAAUGUUGUAGCCUUAACUUGUGAACCUAAGACUCAGGGCUACACCUACUUGUGGAGGGUAAAUGGUCAGAGCCUCCCAAUCAGUCCCAGGCUAAAGCAACCCGGUAAAAACAGGAUCCUCAUUCUAGCCAAUGUCACAAGAAAUGACACAGGACCCUAUGAAUGUGAAAUAUGGGAUCGAGUUGGUAGCAUCUGCAGUGACCCAGUCACCCUGGAUGUCCUUUAUGGUCCACAAGUCCCCAGGAUUUUCUCUCCAUUUAACUUUUACCAUUCUGGAAAUACUCUCGAAUUGUCCUGCUUCGUGGACUCUAACCCACCGGCAGAGUAUUCUUGGACGAUUAAUGGGAAGUUUCUGCAAUCAGGACAAAAGCUCUCAAUCCCCCAAAUUACUACAGAGCAUAGUGGGCUCUAUGGUUGCUCUGCUCGUAACUCAGCCACUGGCAGGGAACGUUCCACAUUCAGGAGGAUCACAGUCGUGGACGAUCAAAGUCUCUGCUUCUUCAGGAAGAGGACAUCUAUCCUGGCAUUGAUCCGACAUAGCAGCUGUGAUGUCAUUUCUGUAUUUCAGGAAGCCUGGCAGGAGAUAUAUGGAAAAGACUCUGACAGUGACUCUUGAAUACAAGUUUCUGAUAACUUUAAGAUCACACCACUGGACUCUCUGAGAACUUUCAAAAUUUUAAUGAACAGGCUGAUACCUUCAUGAAAUUCAAGACAAA